CGAAGAUAUCAGUUGGUGGACCUAAGUUUAAUUUUUAAAACAGUAGAAUGUCUGACGAAUCACUGAUACAUGAUUACAGAUACAUUUUUCAAAAGGAUGUUUUAAGAGGAAAAGUAGCAUUUAUAACUGGAGGUGGAACUGGAAUAGGAUUCACAAUAGCGGAAAUAUUGAUGAGACAUGGAUGUGACACGGUUAUAGCCAGUCGCAGACUUGAUGUUGUGAAAAAUUCAGCUGAAAAAUUGUCCAAGGGCACAGGUCAAAAAUGUCUGCCGCUCCAAGUGGAUGUUAGAAAGCCAGAGACUAUAACAAAAGCUGUUGACGAAGCUCUUGGUCAAUUCAAACAUAUUGACAUCCUUGUCAACAAUGCAGCAGGAAACUUUCUAUGUCCAGCAGAGAACCUUUCUUUUAAUGCCUUCAAAACAGUUAUGGAGAUUGAUGCUCAUGGAACCUUUAAUGUCUCCAAAGCUGUGUUUGACAAGUACAUGAAGAGUAAUGGUGGAGUUAUUAUCAACAUUACAGCAACACUUAGUUUUCGUGGACAGCAUUUACAAACACAUGCAGGAUCAGCCAAAGCUGCCAUUGAGGCUAUGACUAAACACUUGGCAGUAGAGUGGGGACCCAAUGGAGUAAGAAUGAUGUGUGUUGCUCCUGGCCCCAUAGCAGACACGGAGGGAAUGAGAAGACUGGGAGGAGAUAAAAUCACUGAUGCCUUUAUAAAGUCAAUACCAGUCCAGAGACUAGGAAAACGAGAGGACAUUGGUAAUACUGUGUUGUACAUAGUGAGCCCUGCUGCAGAGCUACUGACUGGAACCACAGUGAUCCCUGAUGGGGGGGAAUUUCUCACCAGUCAAAACAAUUACUGGGCUCUGAAAAACAACCCAGUUUUCAAACAACUGAUAUCUAAAAUGUAAAAUAUACAAUUUACUUGGUUUAUAUAGACUGUGAUGGAUAACAUAAAUUAUGUGUUCCAAUAACAUCGAGAUUUUUAUCAAGUGAUAUUACCUCUAUUCAGAAUUUUUUUGUUUUUUGUUUUGUUUUUGCCUCUCAACCAUAAUAAAAUAAACGUUAUCAGAAAUAUUAACUAUUUAUGUAUAUCAAUAGAAAAACUAUAGCUUUUUAG